AUGUAUUGUGUUGUCUUCCUCAGCACCUUUAACUGGUCAGUCCCGUUCCUCUCCAACCUGGCCUUCCUGAUCCUGGUUACAGUAACAGUUAUAACAUACUUCAUCCCUGUACGAUAUAUCCUUCUAAUAUGGGGUAAGUGCAUGUUUUCUUUUGUUAAGAUAUAUAUAUAUAACUAUUGUCCAUUUCCAUGUCAAUUGAUUUUAUGAGGUCAGCAUAACAAAUAGACCAAAACAAUACACUAUCAUUCCUUUUCCUUUUUAUUGGAUUAUAGCUGAUUCAGAUCCACCCAGAUUACUGGGAAUGAAACGUUUAUACAGGCUGUUUUAUUUAGCUUCUCCUGAAUGUCUGUUUUACCAGGAAUUAAUAAAUUCACCAAGAAAUUACGGGCCCCGUACGCCAUCGACAACAAUGAGGUGUUUGAUUUCCUGAGGAGAGUUCCUUCAGAUGUUCACAAGGUAAGUGCCUAUAGCAGGUAAAAGGGCUAUUCCACCACUUUUCAACAGAUAAAAAAGUGCAAUUCAGUGAUUUCCAAAGACUCUGAGAUUGACAGGGAACCUGAUAAUGCUCUUCCCCUGCCUAGAAAGUCAUCAAAUGGAAAUGUAGAAACUGAUGCAGGUUUUUACUUUUGAUGCAAUGUGAUGAUGUCAUCCAUUGCACUUUUAAAGGACCUUUUCUUCUUAUGUUUGUAACUACAGCACAUAGAAAUGUUAUUCUGUUAUUCACAUGUAGACACUGGUAUGGUGCUGGAGAUAAUGAAUAGGUUAAAAAGUGGUGGAAUUUCCCUUUCAGGUUAUAGCCUCUAGAUCAGAUUCAGGAAGCCAGUAAACCUCUAGUCUUUCAGCGCUGCUUUCUACUGAAAUAUCCCACAGGUUGUUUCUGUGUUACCUGGUUGUUGCCUGUGUCAUUUGCUCCGUCUACUUAAUUAUAGCCCGGUCUAAUUUCUGUUAUGAUGUUUCCUCCCUAACAUCCCUUGUGGAGUAUACAAAGUGUUAGGCUUCAGGAGCCUUUCUGUUGCCGGGCGAAGGCACCACAGAGUUGAUCACUUCAGGGACCAUUGGCACCACAGAGUUGAUCACUUCAGGGACUAUUGGCACCACAGAGUUGAUCACUUCAGGGACUAUUGGCACCACAGAGUUGAUCACUUCAGGGACCAUUGGCACCACAGAGUUGCGAGUAGGGUUGCAAAAUUCUGUUAACUUUCCCAAAAGUCCUAGUUUUUUUCCGGAAAUCUCAGUUGGAAGAUUCACGAGGGAAUAACCAGGAAAUAUGUGAAUCCUCCAAUCGGGGAAGUUACCAGAAUUUUGCAACCCUAGUUGAGAGCUACUGUGACUGUUGUGUGACCUCGACUGGUAGUAUGAACUCUGACCCUGACCUAACCCAACCCUAACACUCUAACCCUAAUCCUCUGCUGUUAUGAACGGUACCUGGCCAUAUUCCUCUGGUAGUAUGAACUCUGACCCUGACCCUAACCCUAAUCCUCUGCUGUUAUGAGCGGUACCUGGCCAUAUUCCUCUGGUAGUAUGAACUCUGACCCUGACCUAACCCAACCCUAACACUCUAACCCUAAUCCUCUGCUGUUAUGAACGGUACCUGGCCAUAUUCCUCUGGUAGUAUGAACUCUGACCCUGACCCUAACCCUAAUCCUCUGCUGUUAUGAACGGUACCUGGCCAUAUUCCUCUGGUAGUAUGAACUCUGACCCUGACCCUAACCCUAAUCCUCUGCUGUUAUGAACGGUACCUGGCCAUAUUCCUCUGGUAGUAUGAACUCUGACCCUGACUCUAACCCUAAUCCUCUGCUGUUAUGAACGGUACCUGGCCAUAUUCCUCUGGUAGUAUGAACUCUGACCCUGACUCUAACCCUAAUCCUCUGCUGUUAUGAACGGUACCUGGCCAUAUUCCUCUGGUAGUAUGAACUCUGACCCUGACCCUAACCCUAAUCCUCUGCUGUUAUGAACGGUACCUGGCCAUAUUCCUCUGGUAGUAUGAACUCUGACCCUGACCUAACCCAACCCUAACACUCUAACCCUAAUCCUCUGCUGUUAUGAACGGUACCUGGCCAUAUUCCUCUGGUAGUAUGAACUCUGACCCUGACUCUAACCCUAAUCCUCUGCUGUUAUGAACGGUACCUGGCCAUAUUCCUCUGGUAGUAUGAACUCUGACCCUGACCCUAACCCUAAUCCUCUGCUGUUAUGAACGGUACCUGGCCAUAUUCCUCUGGUAGUAUGAACUCUGACCCUGACCCUAACCCUAAUCCUCUGCUGUUAUGAACGGUACCUGGCCAUAUUCCUCUGGUAGUAUGAACUCUGACCCUGACUCUAACCCUAAUCCUCUGCUGUUAUGAACGGUACCUGGCCAUAUUCCUCUGGUAGUAUGAACUCUGACCCUGACCCUAACCCUAAUCCUCUGCUGUUAUGAACGGUACCUGGCCAUAUUCCUCUGGUAGUAUGAACUCUGACCCUGACCCUAACCCUAAUCCUCUGCUGUUAUGAACGGUACCUGGCCAUAUUCCUCUGGUAGUAUGAACUCUGACCCUGACCCUAACCCUAAUCCUCUGCUGUUAUGAACGGUACCUGGCCAUAUUCCUCUGUGUACAGGUGCAGUACAGUGAGCUGAAGACGGUGAGCGCCCAGAGUCCUCUGAGGAGGAAGAGAACCAUUGAGAGG